CCUCCUUAUCCAAUGUUUGUGUUCAGAAAAUAAAUAAAACUGAAGUUAAUCUAUCUGGGCUAGGAUACUACCCGGGUGCCCAGACUGGGACAGACGGUUCUCUUAGAAGGCCAUACGUCGAGCCUCUGACCUGAAGGUCUGAUCCACACGGCAGUGGAACAACGUCAGGAAAUGCAGUCAAUUUCUUAAACAACACCCCCGCCACGAGAAGGUAGUGAGUAGGACUUCCCUGAAAACACGAGAAAAUCAGCGUGGCUUCAGACCUGAUCGUGGCUGCAUCGACCACAUUCACUAUUCGUCAGAUUUUAGAAUACAAACAUGCUUAUCGGCGUCCGAUAAUGGUAGUCUUUUUUGACUUACAAGCAGCAUUUGACUCUGUAGAUCUAGAGGUUCUGUUGCAGUGUCUAUCAUAAAAAGAGUGAAGUAAUCGAACGCGUCGACAGCUUCACUUAUCUCGAAAGUCUGAUCGGCCCUAUCGAGUUGGUGUUUGACAAAAUCUCUGCACGGAUUCAAAAAGCUCGUUUAGCUUUUGCCAACUUACGUCAACUACGGCGAAGGCGAUAUAUCCGUCUAUCAGUUAAAGAAAGAUUAUACUGCUCAGUAGUUCGUUCUGUUCUACUUUGCCGCUGCGAAACGUGUCCACUAAGAGUAAAAGAUACGCGUGAGCUACUAGUACUUGAUCAAUUAUGUUUUAGAAAUAUUGCCAGGAUCUGCUGGGAUCACCAGGUAAGUAGUAGUGAGGUUAGACGUCGUGUAUGAGGAAAUGAUGGUAAAUCAGUUGAUGAGGUUGUGAAUCUUCAUCGACUGAGAUGGUUAGGCAACGUGUUACGUAUGCCUGAACACCGACCACCACGAAGUGCAAUGCUGACUAGUGUUGGGGACGGUUGGAAGAAAGUUAGAGGCGGCCAAACCAAAACGUGACAUCAGUCCUUGGACUCACUAACUUCUGGUCUGAGCCAUAUUGGUAGAUGUAGACUACUUGGUUGGGGUCCGGGAAACUAUCGUAUCCAGUGAUUGGAGACUGAAUGACAUGACCCAGAAUCGAUCACAAUAGCAUAGGUGUCUACACUCUUUGUCUUGCCUUGAACCAUGAGAUUAAAUUUACUUUAUACCUUCCUUUCUACGAACUAAUUCUUUCUUCCUAUAUUAUGUCUUUAUACAUAAUCUUUCUUUUAUAUAUUACUAUCAUUGAAGUGACUACUUCUAUGAAUUCAUUGUUGAUCUUGUUCUGCUAGUGAGGUGUGGCAGCUUGGUCUGACACAUAUAUAUGCCUUGUCCUCCAUUGCAGCAGAACGACGGACGCAUUUUGAGAUAGAUGAGACCAGGUGAUUUUCAUAAUAGCGAAUAUUCCCCUUUUUUGUGAGUAAAAUGGAAACACAUUAUUUUCAAUGCGAUGGGUCACGGAUUAGACCUAGUGGUUAGAGAACAAUUCCAUUGGCGAGUGUAUGGUUAAUGUUUCCAUAUCCUCAAAUCUUUUAUUUGCUAAGUGACUCGCAAUCAUAUUCAUUCUUGCGUUCAAUAUUUUGAAUGGAACCAUGUUGUAAAGUUAGAAAGAAACCCCAUUAUUCUGGCUGGUAGUUGCCUUCGCUUUGACGUCAAACCAUUCGGGGAUUUCACUUAACAAUUCCUCCUUGUGAGCAAUCGUCACUCGGCCACAUCAUUGCUUUUCAUUUAUUUAUUUUAUUCCUUUACUCAUUCAUUUUAAUAAUCACAAACCUCAUCUAUUAAUAAAAGCUGAGAUCAUUUUUGGAUUGGAGCUAGGAACAUUCUACAAUCUUCACAAAUCUCUCUAUACUAAAAAUCAUCAUGUGAUCACAAGUGACUACAUUCAAAAUGCAACUUGUGGAGUUCUAGUGAAGAGCUGUGACCACUUGAGUUCAACCACAUAGAGUGUUAGGCAGUUGUUCACUGCAGGCAAUAAGUGUUGUGCAUUAUCGUGAAUUGGUCAAAGUUGAACAUGUACACCUCUAGGUGCAGGCUCAGUGGUCUAGAGGUUAGGCGUCCGCGUGUGAAAACUAAUGGUCUUGGUCUGAAUUUCCGGUUGCGGGCUCGUGCAUGGCCUUUGCCGAGGAGUCGCAUACUAUCACAAAACGCCCAUUCAGUGCUUUCAGCUUUUCAGUGGCAGUCUAACUACUGUCACCUCUCAGUUUAAACCAUGAAAACGCCUAAUUUAUAACAAACUGACAUUAAAUCUGCUCAAGCUAUAUGUGGGAAUGCCUACACUAUGUAUUUUAACUGAUUACUAACCUUGAUCUAAUUUAUACUACCUUGUGAUCAAUCUUCAGGGUCCUAUCACAAAUGACAGACUUAGUUAUCACCUGUUGACUGGUAAAACUUUGAGAAAUAUCAACGUUCUCUUUUUGUUGUUGUUGUUGAUUAUUAUUAUUAUUUUAUUUAUUUGAACACAUAAAUAUUGGUACAAGGAAGCACCAAACAGAUACUCGCCACACAAGUCACUUGCUUUGUGUGUGGGCUGUGAUACUGCUUGGGUGCCCAGACCGAAACACGUAUUUUCCUUAGGGGACCACGCUCUGAACAUUCGACCUGAGGGUUUAAUCCACAAGGUAGUGGAACAACGUCAUGAGAUGCAGUCCCAUGGUAGCCGAUGACCAACGAUAAGUUCAUACACCAUUUGUCUCCCUUAGGAUUUUGGAGCUCGUGUGCACCAUUGGUUUGGAAUCAGGGUUUUACAACUCCCUCAGGUGCGUCCUUCGUAUCCACCAUCCUGGUUGAAGCACCGGACACUCGCUUUUCGUCCUCUCAAUUUUGUAAACAACAUCCCCAUCACAAGAAGGUGUUGACUAAGACUUCCCUGUCAGUGGUUGUAUACGCUUGGCCGUGUGAAAGCCUUGAAAGGUGGGCGUACCAGUUAUCUCAUUAACUCAUGAGUUGAAAAUCUAUUAUUUCUUUUCCAACUGUUUCAUAGAUGGAUUUUUUUCAAUUUAUUGUUUUAUCAGGUGAAGGAUUUUUUGGACAAGUUUUCAAAAUGCGUUUGAAAUCAACAAAAGAAUCAUUUGCAGUUAAAAAAAUACCAUUUUGCAAUUUGGAUCCACGUAAUCCAGAUAUGAUAGCAGAUUUGGAAAUAGGGAAAUUGCAUCCACAUCCAUUUUUAUUACGAUCUUAUUGUGCUUUCACUCAUGUAGAUUCUGUUUGGAUUUUAUUAGAACUUAUGGAUAUCUCGUUAGAUGUACUUCUAAAUAAAGUAAAGGCACUCAAUGAAUACAUUCCUGAAAAUGUUUUGAAGCAUAUAACAUUUUCAAUUGUUUCAGCAUUAUAUUAUUUACGAUUCGAUAUGAAUAUGAUUCAUCGUGAUAUAAAACCGGCUAACAUGUUAGCUAACAAAAGUGGAGAAAUAAAAUUAGGAGACUUUGGUACUGCCGUCACCCUUUCCAACUGUGAAAUUUUAACGGAUGUUGGAUCAUGGCGUUACCUUGCUCCAGAGCGUGCCUAAGCAUUUAUGAAUUGGCUACUGGUACAAACCCAUAUGAACCGCCUAAAGAUCCUGUAGAUGCAUUCAAUCAGGUAAUUCAUAUAUAUGUAUAAUAUUUGUCCUAACCACAAUAUUCUCGAUUCAUUUUCAAAAUACUUUGAAAUAUUCGCAUUGUUAUUUUUUUCGCAUCUACAAUGGUAAAAAUAAAAUCCUAAUUAUCCUAUUAAUGAAGUUGCACAAAUCAUAACUUGUUUACAACAAAGCAUACAAUGAAUCAUUUAAAAUCCUGGUAAUAUAUACAACUUGUCUUUACUUAGUGAUUACUUUCAAAAAGAAGAAAACGUACAAUAAACCUGCCUUGUAUUGUACUAGAAGUUUAUAUUUAUUUAAAUGGUAUUACACAGAAAGAUACUGUUUACUUAAUGUGUUAUAAAUGGUACAUUUCAGCAUAUUUUUGUUCUGCCUACUGUUUUAUUGUAUCACUGCAAUUAAUUAUAAAUCACGAGGCAUUAUAGGAUUAUAUAUAUAUAUAAGCGUGAAUAGACUUCUUAAUUUUCUUGAAAAAUCUUUACUUCAGGUUAGUAAAUGAACAACGCCGCAUAAUCAUGUGUUGCUACGAUUGAUGUGUUGUCUAAAUCUCAUGAUUGAUUUACUAGUAAUUUUUACGUUCUCAAUAGUCAAACAAACAUAACUAUAUUUAUUACUUACUGAUGUGUUUUUGUUUUUCUAAUGAUUUUGUGAAAAAAGUUUAAAAUGGCCAGAUUCAAUAUCACUAGUACAUUCAGCAUAAUCGUAACAUCAUAUUAAACUUAAACAAUUAAAAUAUUUCAAAAACAAGAAAUUAUUUUGAGUUCAGUAACUGUAAAGGGAUGAAUAAUCAUUUGAGAACUGACAAAUCAUAUACAAUGGUGGACCAUAAUUAUUAUAUGCAAGUGUAUAAUGCAAAUUGCUAAGUUUAGUACAAUGAUGCACUAACUAGAUCAUCUAUCUAAAUAUGUUGUUUUAUAAAAUAUUUUAACAGAUAGAUAUCAAUUAUUUAAAAGUGUUUUAAACACUUAGAAAGUUUUCUUGAGUAUUACUUUUCUGUAAAAAUAUAUCAUUGACAUUAAAUAUUUGAGCAUAUUGUUUUAAUGGAAUGUUUAUGAGUUUUCUACGAAAUAUUUCUGUCAGUAUUAUGCUAAUCACUAAUGAUAAAAGUUGAAUAUUUUUCUUCAAAAACUUGUUUAGAUGUAGUACUGUGUUGUUACAAUGUACUUGUUAAUAUCAGAUGGGUUUUGUGGAUAUUAUAGUAAUUUCAAUGGUUAAAAUUAUGAGUCAGUUGAAGCUAGAACACCAUGGAAAAUCUGGAAUCACUGGACGGCUGUUUAACUUGUAUAAUUAUGCAAUUAUAUGUAAAGAAUUCAAAAAAUCUAAUUAUUAUCCAUAUGAAUUAUCUUCAAUGCACUAGUUAAUUUAUGUUUCUUGACUACUUUGAAAAUAUGAGUAAUAUUUCGCGAAAUACAUUAACAUGAAUGAUGUUUGAUAAUAUCGGUUUAGAUUAACGUAAUCAAAAGAGUUGAAACAGGCAGCGAAUAUAAAUAACGCUAGACAACUAUGCAGACUAAUAUAGGGAACAAGUAUUAAAAGCCAAGUGUUACUGGGACUAUCUCGGAAAAGGAUGAAGCUUUUUCAAUCUAGUGGAUUAGUUAGCAGUGGAGAACAGUUCAACUGAUCUCCGACCACCUUUCAAUUACUCUGUAACUCCAAUCAGCCUCAUUGGCAAGUCAAUACAGGUUUCCUAAAUUCUAGUGAGGUUAAAAAGGCUAAAGGUAAUUUAAGAUCAGGGAGAGCAAGGGACCCUGAUGAGUAAAGCCCAGAGAUCUCUAGGGAUCGUGGUCCAAUUCAUGGUACAGGGUAACAAAUCGGUUGGUGAGGUUGUGAAUUCAUCGAUUUAGGUGGUUAGAAUACGUGUUGCAUUUGCUCAACCACUGCAUACCUCGAUGAGUAACGCUUGUUAAUUCAGAAGUACGUUAGAUGAAAGCUACGGGCAACCAAACCAGAAAGUAGCAUCAGUCUAUGAAAUCAUUAACUGUUGGUCUGAGCUUUGCUGGUAGAUAUAGACUAUCUAAUUGGAGUCAGCUUGAUAACUGCCAUUAGGGGUUAACGACUUCGGGUAAUAUGGCUGAGAAUCAUUCAAAAUAGUGGAGAUGCAUUUUAUGUUUAUGUUUCUCGCGAUUUAGGAUCUAAGUAUACCUUCAUACAUACCUUUCCAUUCUUUCUUUCUUUCCAAACCAUAUUCAAAAUAUUUAGGUUUUCUUUUUAUCAUUGCUACUACUUUUUGUUUAUCACUUUUGUUAUUUCCAUCUCGUCCUAAUGUGGUAUGGCAACUUAAUCCAACGCAAUUCCUUUGAAGGCUCUAUUUUCAUGAUCUUUUUUAAAUAUCAGUUUAAAUUAAACAUACUUUAUCAGAUAUUUGUACUUCUACAACCUUAUCUCUUAGUACGUGACAGUCCAUUGAGUGUAUGGGUUAUUUUCAUUUUAUUUUAUUUGAACACAUAGAUAUUGGUACAAGGAGGCACCAAAUACAUAUGCGUCACACAAAUCUCCCUAGCAGAGGCUAUAUACGCGUGACCAUGUGAGAGCAUUUUGAGAGGGAGAGCGGACUGUUCCCACUCUCGGCCGUACCAGGGCAUUUGGGGGCAUUUUGUAAACUAAAUAGUAAAAUAUCCUCAUAUUAGACAAUUAGAUUUUUUCUACAUGAAUACAUAUUUAAAUUUCUUAAUAUUUUGACUUUUAUUUCUUAGAUUGUAAAUCGUGAUCCUCCAAGUCUUUCAAGUGAUCUACCAUAUUCUAAUCAUUUACGAGAUUUUUUAAAUAUGUGCCUUAUUAAAGAAGUUAGUGAACGAGCAGAUUACAAUGAUUUACUAGUGUCAGAUUUUAUUCGAUCCGUUGAUGUCAAUUCUCAUUCGAUUACAACAGCACAAUUCUUAAUGAAAUAUAUUUAAUGAAAAUCUUAAUUUGUAUUUGUCACCUAGUCAAACUUCAAGGAUGAAUAUAUAUAUAUAUAUAUAUAUAUAUAUAUUGAGCAAAGAUAUAUGUCGUUAAUUUUGUCGUAUAUUCUUGUUGUAUAUUACAUUCUAAUACAUUAUGUCUAUAUAGGGCUGUGAAUAUUAAUUUAAAAUAGAUUCUCUUAUUUGUAUAACCUGUUCCUGUACACAUAAAAUGGGAUUUCUUUUCGUUAGAUAAUAAUUGAACACUACAGUUUAUUUUUUUUUUAAAUAAAUUCAUUUGGAUAUUGUGUUUUCUUUUGUACAACUGUCGUUCAUCUCUCUCGUUCACUGAAACGUUUUUUUUCUCGUUGUUAUACCACCUUUUUUGAUGGGAUUACUAUCAUGGGUUUUGUUUUAUAAUCAAAUAUUGAUGUUAGGUAGAAGGAUAUGUUUUCAAAAUGUAUCUAUGUAAACCAGUUCCCCUGUCUCUCUUAUUUACCAUUUUUAAUUAUUUCAUUUAUGUGAUAUUUUGUAAUCUAUUUUUAUUAUUAUUUUUUUACAAUUGUACAUAUUAUUUCUUACGCACAAUAUGUAGUUAGCAAAAAUUUAUUUUUUUAUUUCGUUUAUUCGAAAAUGAGAAUUGGUAUAGAUCUGAAACUUUCUAAUUAAUAAUAAAACUGGACAAGAUUAUGUCCUGGUUAUUCUUCGAAAUAUUUCUUUGUUCAUCUUUCCGAUGUAUGUUUAGUUGAUAUUUUCUUUUAAAUGUAUACUUAUCUAUCGAUUUUUUACAGUUUGAUAUUUUACCAUUAUUAUCUGUGAUAGUAAUAAUAAUAGUUAUUAUUAUUAUUUCUAUUGUUAAACUUUCAAACUUCAAUUCAAUAUAGGUAUGAGAUUUCGAGUGUUACGUUCUCUUAGCUGAAUGAUUUUAUCGCAAGGUUUUUAUUGUUCUCUAAAUCAUUACCAAUGUAGGAGUGAGCUUUCAGAUCGUUCAUUCCACAAUCGUUAAGUUAGUCUGUUCUGGUGACCUGGUUAUAUCUGUGGAAUGCAUAUCUGACUUUUGUCGGGUACUGAAACCCUAAAUGCGAUGGCACGUGGUAAGAAAACAAAGGCUA